AUUAUGUAAGAUAACAAAAAAAAAUAUGUAAAUAAAAAAAAUAAUUGUAUAUAAUAGCAAUGGCUAAAUAAACGGAUUCAUUCAUUCAUUCAUUCAUUCAUUCAUUCAUUCAUUCAUUCUUCGUAGAGUAAAAGAAAAUCAAAGUAUGUGGGAAAUACAUAUAACUAAUUAUUGUUUCGGCCUUGUAUAUGAAAUAUGGUCACGUGUUCACGGUUCACGUUCUUCAAGUAAAGGGUAUGGUCUGUGCUUCAAGUUAAGUUUAAAAUAUUUUUAGGUUAGAGAAGAAAUCUGUACUCAAUGCUCAAUCUUUUGAUUAAAAUCUAAUAAAUUGAUUAGAAAAGAAACACUAUUGUAUUUUAAGUAAUUAAGGAAGUAUUAUUUAAAAUGGAAUACAUUGAACAACCUCUUCAAAGUGAACCAGUAAAAGCACAAAUAUUAUGUUGCGAAUGUGGCAUAGUUAUAGAACCCAAUCCUGCAAAUAUGUGCGUAGGUUGUCUUCGCUCGCAGGUGGAUAUAACAGAAGGCAUUCCAAAACAAGCCACUCUUCAUUUUUGCAGGGGUUGUGAAAGAUAUCUACAACCUCCAGGAGAAUGGGUGCAGUGUGCCUUAGAAUCCCGCGAAUUGCUCUCUUUAUGUCUUAAAAAGCUCAAAGGAUUAAAUAGAGUGAAACUCAUUGAUGCUUCUUUCUUAUGGACUGAACCCCAUUCAAAAAGAAUCAAGCUAAAAUUGACUGUUCAUGGAGAGGUUGCUGGUGGUGCAAUGUUGCAACAGGUUUUUGUUGUUGAAUAUACAAUAGGACAUCAGAUGUGUGAUGAAUGUCACAGAACGGAGGCACAAGAUUUUUGGAGAGCAUCUGUUCAAGUCAGACAAAAGGCAGAAAACAAGAAAACUUUCUACUAUUUGGAGCAACUUAUUUUGAAACACAAAGCCCAUGAAAAUACAUUAGGAAUUAAACCAAUUCAUGGUGGGUUGGAUUUCUUUUAUACUACUGAGGGCCAUGCACGGAAAAUGAUUGAUUUCUUGUCUGCUGUCCUUCCUUGUAAAUCACAACAUUCUAAAAAGUUGAUUUCCCAUGAUAUACACAGCAAUGUGUACAAUUAUAAAUUUACUUAUGCUGUAGAUAUUGUUCCUGUAUCUAAAGACAGUGUUGUGUGCUUACCAAAGAAGUUCACACAGCAAUUAGGAGGAAUUUCACCUUUAUGUCUAAUUUACAGAGUCACCAAUUCUAUACAUUUAAUCGAUCCCAAUUCUGCUCAAAUUGCAGAAGUAAAUUCCACCAACUAUUGGCGUAACCCAUUUGGUGCUAUUUGCAACCCAAAACAAUUGAUAGAAUAUAUUGUUAUGGAUAUUGAACCAAUAAUGGAUAAAGACAGAAAAUAUUUCCCUGGUCAAGGUGCUAUUUCACAUCGUCACGUUUUGGCUGAUAUAUGGGUGACCAAGGCUUCUGAAAUUGGACUUGAUGACAGCACUAUUCAUACUAGGACUCAUUUGGGGCAUGUGUUGAAACCAGGAGAUUAUGUACUUGGUUACAAUUUGGAGGAUACAAACGUAAACGAUUCAAACUUUGAUAAACUGGAUAGAUCAGUAGUACCUGAUGUUAUUUUAGUAAAGAAACACUAUGGCGAUAGAUCAUUUAGAAAACGUCAAAGAAUUUGGAAACUUAAACGGCUUGCUGAAGGUGACACAGCAUUUGAUCCAGAUGCAAAUGAUUUCCAUGAAUUCCUGGACGACCUUGAGGAAGAUCCUGAUUUAAGACAAAAUGUAAACAUUUUUAAGGAUAAAACUAAGCAGAUUCCUGUUGACACAUUUGACAACCAGGAUGAGAGUGGACCUCAAAUUAGUUUGGCAGAAAUGUUGGAUGACCUUGUUUUAGAUGAUGUAGAGAUGGAAGAAACAGAAAAUUGAGUGUACUUUUUCGGU